GCCGCCGGAGGAAGGAGGCGGCCGCCGGCCCUCCCCGACCGCGCAUGCGGCUGUGCCGGGCCGGGGCAGCUUCAAGUGCGGGCGUCUGCGGCCCCUCACCCUGCGCCCCGGCAGAUGGGCUUAGGCUGGAGCAGCGAGGAGGAGCGGCAGCCGCUCCUGCGGCCCCCGCCGCCCCCACAGGCAGCGCAGCAGCGGCGGCCGCAGCCUCGGGGCACGGCGGGGGGCCCGGCCCUGCCGGUGCCGGUGCCGGUUCGGCGGUUGGCCCCGGCCGCGGGCCGUGUGUACGGGAGGCGGUGGUUGGUGCUGCUGCUCUUCUCGCUGUUGGGCUUCUCGCAGGGCCUGGUGUGGAACAGCUGGGGCCCGAUCCAGAACUCGGCCCGCCUGGCCUUCGGCUUCAGCGGCUGGGACAUCGCCCUGCUCGUCUUCUGGGGGCCCAUCGGCUUCGUGCCCUGCUUCUUCUUCAUGUGGCUGAUGGACAAGAAGGGUCUGCGAGUAACUGUGUUACUAACAUCAUCACUCAUGGUACUGGGAGCUGGCUUAAGAUGUGUUCCAGUUUCAGACCUGGAACUGAGGAAGAAGCUGAUUCAUGGAGGGCAGCUGUUAAAUGGCUUGGCAGGGCCAACUGUGAUGAACGCAGCCCCGUUUCUUUCCACAACGUGGUUCUCUCCAGAUGAACGUGCGACAGCAACGGCGAUUGCCUCCCUGCUCAAUUACCUGGGCUGUGCUGGUGCGUUUUUAGUGGGACCUCUUGUAGUGCCGUCUCCUAAUGGAACAUCGCACCUCCCGCUGUUGUCACAGAGCAACACCGAGCACAUCAAGGACCGCAUUGAAGCUGUGCUCUAUGCAGAAUUCGGGAUGGUCUCCUUGAUAUUUUCCGCAGCAUUGGCCUACUUCCCCUCACGCCCUCCAUUCCCUCCCAGUGUGGCUGCAGCUAGUCAGCGGCUUAGCUACAGGAGGAGCUUCUGCAGACUCCUAAGCAAUUUCCGAUUCUUGAUGAUUGCUUUAGCCUAUGCUAUACCACUGGGUGUUUUCUCUGGCUGGUCUGGCGUUCUGGAUUUGAUAUUAACACCAGUUCAUGUAAGCCAAGUAGAUGCAGGCUGGAUUGGAUUUUGGUCUAUAGUUGGAGGUUGUGUUGUUGGCAUAGCAAUGGCAAGAUUUGCAGAUUUUAUCAGGGGCAUGCUGAAAUUUAUUCUGCUGCUGCUUUUAUCUGGAGCAACGUUAGCAUCAACCUGGUUCACUCUCACCUGUCUAACUAGUGUCACCCAUCUGCCUUUAACCACAGCCACACUGUACACAUCCUGUAUUUUGUUGGGCAUAUUUCUCAACAGCAGUGUGCCGAUAUUCUUUGAGCUCUUUGUGGAAACGGUCUACCCUGUUCCAGAAGGAAUCACCUGCGGAGUUGUCACCUUUUUGAGUAACGUGUUUAUGGGAGUGCUUCUGUUUUUCCUCACAUUUUAUCAUACAGAGUUCUCCUGGUUCAACUGGUGCCUCCCAGGAUCGUGUCUGCUCAGCCUGCUCCUCAUCUUGUGCUUCCGGGAAUCCUACGACAGACUCUAUCUCGACGUCGUUGUCUCUGUUUGAUAACACAGGACUGCUGACAGGUUGGGAGAGACUGAGUAUUGACUUUUGCAGUCUGCACAUCUGCCUGGAUUUGCACAGCACAGGAGGGAAAAAAAGAUACAAGAUAUAAUCAUGGCUUUAUAAGCGAAGGUGAGGGACAGGAUGUUUCUAACAUUCAAGCGCUCUCGAUUUGCAUUCAUUACAGGCAGAUGAAUGUGCAAAUGGAGUGGUUAUAAAGAUGCCUGAAGUGCACAAGGAGAAUAUAUCCAAUGUACAGGUUCCAGUGUCCGACCUGGGGUUCUCUAUAUAAAGGCUGUUCAUGUAGCAGUGAGAUGUAAAAGUCUGUGUGAGUUUGUGUGAGUUUGUGUGUGUGUGUGUGUGUGUGUGUGUGAACCAACUCAAGGUUGUAUGAACUGGGGUACUGGUAACUUUUGAGUCUUCUGUCAGAAUAGGAACAGUGAAUAAUCUCAAAAAAGAAAAGAAAGAAAUAAAAGGGAAAGAAGGACAGAAAAAAGGAAAAAUCUUUUUUUAAAGAUCUGUCUUUCAAAUUGCCAGUCAUUGAUAUACUGUGUCCAUUAAACAGUUAAGCUAAAAUAAUUUGGUGCUGUACACUACAUUUACAUUCUAAUAAAGUGAUUUCUGAUAUAAGACACUGGUACCAGGGUUUUUAGCCAUACUAAAUAGCAGAACAAUCCUUGCAGUGUUGUUAGAGGUGUUUGUUUAUCACCCUGGUGCACAUAUGUGCUGAAUGAUAGCUGUAGCUGCCACUGAGUCCUGACUUGCACAACCCUUGCCUCUGAAAUACCACCAUGGUUCUGUAUGGACACGCAGCAUCUGUGGUAUCUCAGAAGUUUACUGUAGAGCCAUUGUUAGGUAAAUUUUGCAGUUUUAAAGGCCACCACUGUCACUGUUUCACCUUUUCAUUCUCCAUCUCCAGUACUGCCUUCUCUUCUUUUGUACUCUGAAGACCUGUUCACACUGCUAAGUACUGUUGGUGUGGAUGUGUGAGUCCUGGUCGUUCUCUUCUGAUACUCUUAAGGUGUGCAUAUUUAUUUUUUUAGGAUUAGCUUACAAUUGAGGGUGCCUACGCAAUCGUGUUUGUUAAUCCAAGUCUUUAAAAUCUCAGUUUCCUAAAGUAUGUUUAUGAUUUGCUGGGGUACCCCAGUGGCGAAAUGACAAUGAGAAAUAACUCGUGAGUUCUGGCAUAACACGGAAAACAUAAUGCCAGCUCUUUUUAUCAGAACUAAUUUAUGGUCAUUGUGGCCCUUACUUGAACGUAAAUAUCGAUGACACUUUGAAUAGUUUUUUAACUCGAUUUUAAACUUGCUAAUAAUUUCUUAAUUCUAUUCUUAUAUUUCAGUUCAUCAUCAUUUACAGUAUUCCCCGUAUGUGUGUGCUGUGCUUUGUGUUAGGUGCGUGUGUGUGUCUGCAUGUUUAUAUCUAUGUAUACACAAAUAUAACUUAUAUAUAUCUUAUACAUAUCUUACAUAUAUAUGUGUGUAUAUAUAUAUAUGAGUUGUAUAAGGGCAUGUGUUUACAUAGGUUUAUUUUAAGUACUCCUGUCUCUGGAUGGUAGUAUGCCACUGUUUGUAGCUAAACCAGUCACGGCCAUGAAUGAAAAUACAUACAUGGGCUGUCUGUGACAUGAAUUUUCUUUUCAUGGGGUGAAUGAUUUCCUACUGUAGCUGUUUUAUAAUACGGAGCGCAUGCACGUGUUGGAGGAGGUUGGUGUGCAGAGUUCUGUGUCAAUAGAAGUUUGAAUCAAACGCCCUUUGCUCCUACAUGGGGCUCUUCUCUGUCUUUCUUGAGUGAUACAGACACUGUAAACUCACUCAAAUAAAACCUGAUCUGAGCACUACCUUUCAGACAUGUAUCCAUUCAUUCUCUUCUCACUUAGCACUGAGGAUAUGCCAUUAAUACCUUCAGCUCAGGUUGUGUUUGUGCAGCAAAACAAAGCAUGCUGUUUCCUGGCAGCUGCUUUUAUGUUUUCUGAGCAGUGGAUGUAUUUACUGUAGUAAGUAACAGAAAAUUGACUUAACUCAUUGCCUGUACAAGCUACUAAAUGAUCUUUUUUUCCCUUGCAAGAGGCUCUUUGUAGACAAUGGAGCUAACCUAUGUAGGUUACUCCAUCUUUAUCUAACCAUCAUAUUCAGAACCACCGGCAUCAUCCUUUUGUUGUUUUUCAGAUGGAUGGUAUUAACCGCCCAACUUCUUUUUACUAUGUUUCAGUGCCUGGAAAGGUUUCAGUAGCCAGUAGCUGCUGCUACCUAUUGUCUUCUGAAAACAAGGAUUGCUUGCCAAGAAUUUGAUUGGAGUUGCAUUGUCAUGGCAGAAUUGCACCCGCGGAUGGCUCUUCAGAGCUCUACUUCUGCAAUUUACUGUAGCCAUAUUAAGAUGAAAAUUGUACCAUUCAGGCACUGUCCCAAGUGAUAAAGGUUUCUAAUCCUUUUUCUGUCCAGACUAUUUUGAGAUGGAGGAGCACCUGAGGCAGCAUUCAGACUAUAACCUCCUCCUCCUCUGUUCCAGAAAGCAGUGAACAGUUCAAAAUAUUUGUCAGUGCUGCCAGAUCCAGACUCUGCUACCAUCAGGGAGACUGAAAGUCUUGUUUUAAACCCUGUUGAGUGUUCUCCUGAUUUGCUGUGAAUUGCUCACUGCUCUCCUCAACUUUGGUAGGAGUUUGUGCAUCUGUCUUGGGCACUGUAACACAUAGUCUUAAUUACAGCCCUCAGUACGUCUGCUACCCAGAGCUGAACAGUGCAAGAUGACUCUGUUGGAGACCCGUGCUGUGCCUGCAGGUCUCAACCUGAAUUCCCAGCACAUCUCAUGGAAAUCGGAUUUAAAUCUGAUGGAAAUUGAGUGAAUGCCAAAGGAUGACACCCAAAUGACUUCAACUUGAUGAGCACCCUGUGUUCCAGAUACGCAGUCAUCAGAUGAUUUGCUCUUAUUAGACUAGCAAGUCUGGCUUGGAACAGGAGGUGAGGACUGUGAACGUACUUGCUGAGGUGUCUGAUGGUCACCGACAAGGGUAAGUCAGGACCAGCACCCUCUUGUGGUGGAGCAGUCCAUGUUGUGUUAGUAACCCAACUGAAGCUUUGGGAUUAUUUCUUGGAUAACAUUUGCUUCUCUUCGUGGCCCAGAGGAGCAAUUCUACCCAGCAGUGCAGAGCCCCCUGAAAUACAAAUAACUGUGCACAUUUUAUUUUGAAAAUGCUGGGAAGGAGCACAGCAGUCAUUCUCUUCUCUUUAACAGAUCCUCAUUUCAAGUAGUUGUACUCUGGGCUGCUUCUUGGGUUUCUGUUUGGCUCACUAAUAACUCUCAAUUCAGUUCUACUGGCUUUUUUAUAGCUAGCUUUCGUGCUGCUAAUGGGUUUAGUAGGAGCUGGCUCUGCUUAUGCUGCUGUUUACUGUCUCUUUGCUGCUUUUGCCCAUUAAUUCCCUUUUGAUUCCUUUGCUGAGUUCCGUACUGCUCCCCUGUGUCGGUGGCUGUGCGAGGACUGUGGUGGAGAAGAGCUUCCACACUCCCAGCUCCUGCACUUAGAGAAGCCAAACAGAUAGGGCUUAUAUGUGGUAUGGAUUCAGGUUCACAGCAUCUGCUGAGUUAUUCCAAACUAUCUGAUGGAUCAGUAGUUGUGGGAGUGGGAUGUCUUCAUCUUCAUGUGGGUUGGAAAAUCCCAUGUAGCUCUGAGGGGACGGGCUGAUGCAUGUAAUGUGGGAGGGAGGGGUUUUUGUAGGGCCUUUCAGCACUGCAAUACCAUGUGAGUUGAUCAAAUCCACAUAGAACAUGAAGUUUUGUGCUGAGAAAGAUAUUAAUCUCUGGCUUAUCGUACAGUAAUGCAUUGCCUAGGCACGAAUAUAAAUAAACUGGGUUGGUAUUCAUACAUCAGCUGUUACUGGGAAGGGAAGUGCUGUUCUGUGUGAGGACUGACUGGAAUAUGAGUGGGGAUUAUGCGGUGAGCACAAUGGAUUUAGCUGUCCUGCACUGCUCUGACAGCAGAUUUUUAACUGUUAAUCUUCAUUUCUUAUGUUAGGUCACACUCAAAUGUUAAUUAGCAUCUGAAGGGGGGGGGGGGGGGUGGGCAAAAGCACUCAGGUGAGGCAUAUGUUUCAUUUUUGUUGUUGUAAUUAUGGAUUGUGGUAAUAAUUUGGCAAGAUUUGGGUAUGCCUGUGUGGGUUUUGUAUUGAGUAUAUGGGUUUGGCAGUAGUGUCGCUGUUCCCAGUGUUCCUAAAGCACCAGGCCAUGGCACGUGCUCCUGUCCGGAUGCAUGUGGGGCUGCGGUUUUGUUCCUGCUGUGCAGUUGGUGUAGGUGGCAGCUGAGAGUCUGCUCGCUUCACCAGGGAGCAUCACUUCAGAGCAUGGAGCCGGGUUCCAUGAGAGGCAGCAGGCGCAGUGCAAAUCAGAUGUUAUCAAUCUGCUUGUAAUUUUUACAGUUUGUCUUUCAGUGCAGAUGAAGCUAAUAAAUAGAGGAGGAAAUGUAGCUUGGCCUGAAGUUUUGACAAGCAGCAAAAAGCAAAUAUUUGCACAGAUGCGCUGGCUGCUGCCUUCCAUUCAGGAUCCCAGUAUGUUAGGAGCAUCUCAUGCUCAGCAGAGCGGUUUGCUGGGCUUGGCCAGGAAGCUCAGUGUGAGGAAGGGAUGUUCUGGAUGGGCUGCCCUGGGGCUUUCUGUCCUGAGCUGCCCUCCCACUGUGACUCACUUUGCAGUUGGCGUGAAUUUUACUUCUGUAAUUUUUUAAAAUGAGUUGAUAUAACUUUAUUUUGGGUCAAAUUCUACUUUUUGUGUGUGAUGUUCUGAUGUGAUAUACUUUUAUUUUGCAGAAAAUAAUGUUUAAACCACGAUAUACCUGUCAGCGUAACACACCCUCUGUAUCGUUUAACACUGGAAUCUUGCGGUGAUGCUCGUGUCACUUUCCAUACCUCUUGUUGCACAUUAAAGAAGUCACUCAGC